UUGGUCUAAAGUCAUAGAUUUGGUGGUCCUCCUGUGGCCAGAGAGGACUUAAAUUUAAGCCAUUGGGCUAAAAGGAAGAGCUUAGAGUGUUUCCGGGCAAAAGAGGUCACGAGCCGUUUUUCCUCAUCGUUAUCCCGUCGGUUUCUCGUCGCUUCAGGAGGAGCGAAUUUGAGCCUGUCAUGAGGAGUUAAUCCCAACCAGGCCGGUGCAACAGGGAUUGACAAUGACGGUGCCCGUAGCUGUCCUGCGCCUACCCCGUGGACCCGAUGGGUCAAGCCGCGGUUUUGAUCCCAACUCCCCUCGUUUCCAGGCUCUGGGGCCCGGCAGCCUGCCUUCCAGCGCGUACAAGGACCCGGCUAACCUGGAGCAGGAGCAAGAAGCACGAGUCGCCCUGCGGGAACGCUACUUACGCAGCCUCUUGGCCAUGGCUGGCCAGCCGGUGAACUUCGCCAUGUACGAGAAGGUGGACGUCACAGCCUUAUUCAGAGCCUCGGACAUCGACAUCCUGAACUUCCAGGUUUCUCAGCUUCAGACCCCUCUGGGGAUUCAGAGGGAAGCCCUCCUGCGUUGCUCGGACAUUAUCGCGUAUUCCUUCGAAGUCUGAAGGGCGACCUGCUUUGCAAAGGAGAGCCUCGGAUUAUGGCAGAGACUCAAGACUUGCGUCCGGUCACUUUUUUUGUUUUUGAGUCGCAGCUCUUAAAAUAAAUUUCGACAUCCACAGCCAA